UCUUGAAGUAAUUUAUUUGUCGGAUUUUGAGAUGGUCCCUUCUUGUGGCACUAAUUUCUAGUUAUCUCCCAUGAGUAUCAACCCAGUGGAGCAGAAGUUUUUACCUGUGUUGAAAAGUUUAAUGGGGAAAUUGAAAAAUAAGAAGACAUGACCAUAAAAAGGGUUGGUUUAUUGGUCUCCACUAACCAUCUGAGGGAGAAGCUAGCCUCUGUAUGGAGAGGAAACAGACUUGGUAAAGAUUUCAGAGUCCUUGAUUCAUCCUAUGAUUUUGAUGAUGACAAAAUUGACGGAUAUAAAGAUUUCUAUCAACAGGGCCACAUACCAUCCUCUGUGUAUUUUAAUCCACAGAAUUGUUCAAAGAGCACUCCACUAAUUCCGUUUGACUUGCCGGACCCCCAUUGCUUCACCGAUUAUGUACAGAGUCUUGGUGUUUCACCAGAUACGCAUGUUGUAGUAUACGAUAGAAUGAAUUCUGAUGCUGCGCUCAGAGCUUGGUGGCUUCUUAGGUUGUAUGGCCACAGAAACACAUCAGUAUUAGAUGGUGGACUCAGAAAAUGGGUGAGAGAUGGUUAUCCAGUUACUACAGAGGAACCAGAUAUAGAGAGAGGAGAUUUCAAAUCGAGACUAGAUCAAUCAUUGAUGAAGAAUUACCACCAUAUGAAGGAUAGUGUCAAUUCACAGAAAGAGGAAAUCAUAGAUGCUCGUGGUCCUGGUGCAUUUAAUAAAGUAAUACAGACAAGUAUAGGUGAUAUAAAGAACUUUAUUCCCGGUGCUAAGAAUAUACCAUAUAGAUCAUUGUUUAAUGAUGAUGGAACUUUUAAAGCUGUAGAUGAAAUUAAGGAAUUAUUUAACCAACAAAAUGUUGAUUUGAGUCGUCCAUUGGUAGCCAUGUGUUACAGAGGAAUAACUGGCUGUGCUUUGUCUGCAGCAGCUGAACUUCUGGGCAAACAUGAUACACCUUUAUAUUACGGUUCCUGGAAAGAAUGGAGUGGGAGAAUGACUGAGUAACAUAGACAUAGCUGUACAUUGAUAAAGAUUGUGAAGAUUGUUGACCCAUAGCUUUGUUACCAUUUAAACCACAUGAUUUUAACGAAUUUUAUACCUUGUAAAAUUUGUUAUUCACUUUUAGUACAUAACUACAUGUAUAUGACUUUCAUAUUAAUCCAGAAAUAAAUUUUAUUUUGUGUGA